AUGACAUCUCUCCAACACAACAGCAUCAUGAAGCAAGCGAACGCCUGGAGGCGAGCGGGGGAGCCUUUGCCGGCCUGCAACGAGGCGGAUGUUUGCGACGAAGAGACCAGACGAGACGUGGACCUGAUGAUACUAGACUACAUCGUCUGCGCCACCAUAACAUCUAUACUGCACGAGCGCAUCGCGAACAGACAAGGCGCAGAGCAGCAGCAGGGCAUCCACGGCUGUGACAGAUGGCUCGAGAUAGCAGAAGCUACGUUGCAUCUAUUCAAAGCGAACAACUCCGAAGAGACGCUCUCAGACGACAUCAAAUUCAAGAUAAAGACGCUCAACUUCUCAAAUCUUUUCUUCAGACGAUUCAAGCGGACGGCCUAUCUACCGUCUCGUUCAGUCCUGGCUGCUCAGCGCAAGGAAAGCUGUGAGAGGGCUAAACGAUGGCUCGAGGAAAACAGCUUCCAAGAUACUACUACUACAGCAGAGGGGUUAGAUCAGGCGUUUGAAGAUUUACAGCCUAUAUCAGCAUCACAGGUAGAUGACAACCGACGGACAUUCCUUGACCAUAUGGCUGUUACAGAGACGGAGGAGUACGAGUUCAACGUGGAAGCGUCUGUCACGCUGCUUGAUAUCCUGCCGGAGCUGAUGGAGCUCUGUGACUCGGCGCCUGAGGUUGUCAGUGAUGAUGUCUGCACCAUUGCUGUAUUUUUUAUGCUACAUGCUGCUAUAGAGCAAGGACUGUUGUACGGUCGUACAGGACGAGCCGUCAUUGACGAGGCGUUUGCAUGGGGCAACAAAGACGAUGACCACAGCUGGGUUGAGACAAGAGAUAAGCACAGACAGUCUCUCUGCCCGACCAACGACGAAGAUGUAGAGGAAGACUACGGCGAGCAGUUGAAGAGAAUCAUCUAUGAGCAUCCUCCGUUCGAGUUUGAAGGGGAAGUCCUGAACUUGAUAAAGCUGCUGCAGCAGACGUGGGAUACACCCAUCCUUAACCAGCUGGAGCAAGGCAAAUUAUUCUCAUUAGACGAAGAUGAAGUCACGGCGUUUAAGCGGCGGGUGAUAUUCACUGGUUUAGGAAGUAGAGUUGAAUAG